CUCAUGACAGAGUUCUCACUGUCUAAUUCUUCUCUCAGAUCUACUAGAGAAAGAUUUCCUAUCCAAGUAGUGUAUCCGCUUGGGAGACUUUUGAGACUUCCGUGGUGACAAAUCGCCCUCUAUGUUACAUCUCUCCUUAUCGCUAGAGCUCCAUCAAGACGGGCAACGACCCCGCAGCAGCUCCCACGGUGACGCCAAGCCCCUCCUUCUUACUCCCUCCAUCCCAUCUCUCGCCUCACUUGAAUGGCGGUGACAGGUGUAGCGAGACACGCAUUGGAAAUGAUGUAAGGACGGUUUUGCUUGCUUCUCACCGCUAUCGGACCCACGAUUCUGCGAGCAUGUGUCUAAGGUAUUGGGCCGUUAGCCUCAAGGGCGUCUGCUGAAGGGUCACGCGUCCUGCCACUGUCCACUGAGGCCAAUACGGAGGAGGUCCGUCGGCAUCUGGGCCCCCCGAGGUCCUGCGGCCAGACUCGGGAUGCUCAAUCGAGUGGAUCUGAUAGACCGGAUCCCAACCAUCCACUCAAGGGGGGAAAGGGGUUGGAUUUCCCAUCUGGUGCUGGCUUGCGCCGUUCUCGGAUGCUCAAGGGACGCGGGGCAUGGUGCAGCUGUCGGCCGUAUCAGUGAUGGGUCCAGAGGUGAGAUAAGUAGUAGGUAAGUGUUGGCUUUGCUAUCAGCAAACACCAUAUUUGCUCUUCUGCCUCCUCAAAUCCUUCCAAAGCUCCAUCGUCUACAUACUCUGAGAGAUUGGGGUAUUUAUUUGUUCUUGAGGCUGUCUGUGACAAGUUCAACCUGCGCCGUCCUCUCCCUCCGUGUUAUCGGUCUUAUCACCAAACCCCCGGCCACUACCCCUCCAACGACGUCAACACACCACCACCACCACCAGAAGAGAAACAGUCAACUUGAUCAACUCAAAGUUUGGUACAAUGUCCGGUCGUCUAGCUGGUAAAAACGCCAUUGUCACCGGCGCCGCCGGUGGCAUCGGCCUCGAAACAACCAUCCUCUUCGCCCGUGAAGGCGCCAACGUCCUCAUGGCCGACAUAUCCGAAGAAGCCCUCUCCCGCGCCCAAGCAAAAGUCAAACAGCUCGUCCCCACCGCCGGCAAGAUCGAAACCACCAUCUGCGACGUCUCCAAGGAGUCUGCCGUCCAAGCCGCCGUCGAGUCCCUCGACGCCUGGGGCGGCGUCGACGUCAUGUUCAACAAUGCUGGCAUCAUGCACGCCCGCGACGACGACGCGGUCAACACCCCCGAGGAUAUCUGGGAUCUGACGCAAAACAUCAACGUCAAGGGCGUCUGGUUUGGUUGCAAGCACGCCGUCCUUUCGUUGCGGAGACACAACAAGACCAAGGGGUCGAUCAUCAACACUGCGUCUGUUGUUGCGCUUGUCGGGUCGGCUACUCCGCAGUUGGCUUACACCGCUAGCAAGGGUGCUGUGUUGGCCAUGACGAGGGAGCUGGCGAUUGUGCAUGCCAGGGAGGGGUAUCGAUUCAACAGCUUGUGCCCUGCGCCGUUGAACACCCCUUUGCUGCAGGAUUGGUUGGGCGAUGACAAGGCCAAAAGACACAGGAGAGAGGUGCACUUCCCUACUGGCAGAUUCGGGGAGGCCAUUGAGCAGGCGCAGGCGGUUCUGUUCUUGGCCAGCGAUGAAAGCAGCUUUGUCAACGGUCAUGACUUUGUGGUGGAUGGUGGUAUGACCAAGGCGUAUGUCACCCCCGAGGGCCCGGCUGCCCCGGCGCCCGUGAACAACGCCUCCAAGGACAGCUUGUAAGAUUCUGCAGGCUUUGAUGAUACAUGAUAGAUGAUCUGAUGUACCAAUACAAUGUGAUGACUUGAUUUUGUGUUUAGUUGGUAUCAUGUUGAG